AUGGAAGCGAUGAACGAUAUUGACGAAGUGGCUUCCGCGUUCUCCUCUGAUCCCGAGCAAGAAAGACCAACACCGGGUUGGAAUACGGGCUUUGGCUCACAUUUCGCCUUCUGGAGCAGAGACACCCUGGUCAGCUGUGUGUGCGGAGCAUCUCCUGACACAUACUGCACAUGUCUUCCAAUUUCGCUGGAUUUCGUCCCCGAGGGCGAUUAUUCCCACCAGCCGCCAACGCAUCAAGAUCGUGGAGACUUGAUCAACCCCGAGUCCACCUUCUCUAUGACCGAGCCACAGAUUCGGGACGACUCGAGACCAGCUGUGCCCACCAGGAAAGAGCGUCGAAGGCAACAAAACAGGGCCGCACAGGUCCGACACCGAGACAAGCGAAACCGCUUCCUCCAUGAAACGAUGCGCAAUGUUGAGGCGAUGAAUGAGGAGUUGAAGCAGACACGGGCGCAGCGUGAUUAUUUCAGACUGCUGUAUGAGGACCUCGAGACGCAGAUGAUGGAGAUGAAGAGUCACUCGAGCUCCCGAGUACAAAGUAGUUCUCCCAGACAGAAUUGA